AUGGUUCGCCACUACAAGUUCAAUGUGGUGAUGAAGAAUGCCACAAGAUUGUGUUCAACCAAACCCAUUGUAACCGUUAAUGGGAAGUUCCCAGGCCCCACCAUAUAUGCUAGGGAAGAUGACACUGUUCUAGUAAAGGUGGUUAACCAUGUCAAAUACAAUGUUAGCAUCCACUGGCAUGGGGUUAGACAAUUGAGGACUGGUUGGGCUGAUGGGCCAGCAUACAUAACCCAAUGCCCAAUUCAACCAGGCCAUGUCUUUGUGUACAACUUCACCCUCACAGGGCAAAGAGGGACACUUUGGUGGCAUGCACAUAUUCUUUGGCUUAGGGCAACUUUACAUGGUGCCUUGGUCAUUUUGCCCAAGCUUGGAGUUCCUUAUCCUUUUCCCAAACCUCACAUGGAACAAGUUAUUUUAUUGAGUGAAUGGUGGAAAUCAGAUACCGAAGCUGUAAUAAAUGAAGCUUUGAAAUCUGGAUUGGCCCCUAAUGUCUCUGACGCCCACACAAUCAAUGGUUAUCCAGGACCUGUUCUACAUUGUGCAUCACAAGGAUACAAACUCCAAGUCCAACCUGGAAACACCUACUUGCUAAGAAUAAUCAAUGCUGCACUGAAUGAAGAGUUGUUCUUUAAGAUUGCUGGUCACUUACUCACUGUUGUUGAAGUUGAUGCUGUCUAUACAAAACCUUUCAAAACUGACACCAUUGUUAUAGCACCUGGCCAAACCACAAAUGUGCUUCUAAAAGCCAAUCAUGCCGUUGGAAAAUUCUUAGUAGCAGCCUCACCUUUCAUGGACUCUCCUAUUGCAGUGGACAACUUAACUGCCAUUGCUACCUUACACUAUUCAGGCUCACUUGGUUCCACCAUCACCACACUCACUUCUUUGCCUCCUAAAAAUGCCACCAAAGUUGCUACCAAUUUCACUGACUCACUUAGAAGCCUAAACUCCAUAAAGUACCCUGCUAAAGUCCCAAUUAAGAUUGACCAUUCCUUGUUCUUCACUAUUAGUCUUGGUGUUAACCCUUGUCCUACUUGUGUUAAUGGUAGUAGGGUGGUUGCAGCUAUCAACAAUGUCACUUUUGUGAUGCCUAAAGUUUCUCUCCUUCAAGCACAUUUCUAUAAUAUAAGUGGAGUUUUCACUGAUGAUUUUCCUGGAAAGCCUCCAAUGGUUUAUGAUUUCACUGGAACACAACAACCAGUAAAUUUGAGGACUAAUAGAGGGACAAGGGUUUAUAGACUUGCUUACAACUCUACGGUUCAAUUAGUCUUGCAAGAUACUGGAAUGAUAACACCUGAGAAUCAUCCUAUUCAUCUUCAUGGGUUCAAUUUCUUUGUAGUUGGUAGGGGGCAAGGGAAUUUCAACCCCAAAAAAGACACAAAAAAGUUUAACCUUAUAGAUCCUGUGGAGAGAAACACAGUUGGUGUCCCAUCUGGUGGAUGGACUGCUAUCAGAUUCAGGGCUGAUAAUCCAGGUGUUUGGUUUAUGCAUUGUCAUUUGGAAAUUCAUACAACAUGGGGAUUGAAGAUGGCAUUUGUAGUAGACAAUGGUAAAGGGCCAAAUGAAUCAUUAUUACCACCUCCAAGUGACCUUCCUAAAUGCUGA